UCUGCAGUAUUUACCUCGCGUUAUGCCGUUAGUAUUUACUUCGUGCAAUCUUGAUGAUGGGUCUGCGGUCAACGUUGAUGAGUCAGACGAUGAAAAUGUGAACGAUUUUGGUGGGGUAUCCUCUGAUGAUGAAGCUCAUGAUGAGCCCAGGAUUCGGAACAUAAGCGUAAGAACAGGAGUUUUGGAUGAGAAGGCAGCUGCAACUCAAGCUCUUGGCCUGUUUGCACUCCACACUAAAUCAUCUUUUGCACCCUACCUGGAGGAAUCAUUGAAGAUCAUGGACAAACAUUCUGGAUAUUUUCAUGAAGAUGUUCGGCUUCAAGCAAUCACGGGUUUGAAACAUAUAUUGGCCGCAGCACAUGCCAUUUUCCAGACUCAUAAUGAUGGAAGUGGGAAGGCAAAUGAAAUUCUUGAUACCGUUAUGAAUAUUUAUAUCAAAACCAUGGCUGAAGAUGACGACAAGGAGGUUGUUGCUCAGGCGUGCUUGAGCAUUGCAGAUAUCAUGAAGGAUUAUGGUUAUGUAGCCAUUCAAAAUUAUUUACCAGCCCUUGUUGAUUCGACAUUGCUACUGCUGAGGGAGAAAGCAGCUUGCCAGCAGGUAGAAGAUGAGAGUGAUGACGAUGAUGAUGAUGCGGGACAUGAUGAAGUUCUCAUGGAUGCAGUUUCCGACCUCCUCCCGGCCUUUGCAAAGUGUAUGGGGUCUCAUUUUGAGCCAGUCUUUGCAAACUUCUUCGAACCGUUGAUGAAAUUCGCGAAAGCUUCACGUCCUCCACAGGACAGGACAAUGGUAGUUGCCAGUCUUGCUGAAGUAGCUCAAGACAUGGGUGCCCCAAUCGCUGCCUAUGUUGAUAGGGUAAUGCCCUUGGUGAUCAAAGAACUGGGGUCACGUCAUGCAACCAAUAGAAGGAAUGCAGCUUUCUGUGUCGGAGAGCUAUGCAAAAACGGGGGUGAAACUGCUCUUAAAUAUUUUAAUGAUGUGCUACGUGGAAUUUACCCGCUUUUCGGGGAGUCAGAGACAGACCUUGGUGUUAGGGAUAAUGCAGCAGGUGCAACCGCAAGGAUGAUUGUUGUUCAUCCUCAGUUAGUCCCACUAAAUCAAGUACUUCCAGUGUUGCUAAAAUGUCUACCUCUAAAGGAAGACCAAGAGGAGUCCAUGGCUGUAUACAGCUGUAUAUAUUCACUUGUUUUGGCAUCCAAUCCACAGAUCGUGUCACAUGUUCCGGACCUGGUUAAAAUCUUCGGGCAAGUAGUGGAGUCGCCAGUGGAGAAAGCUGAAGUGAAAGCAAUUGUAGGGAGAACUUUCUCCCACCUGAUAUCGGUUUAUGGCGAUCAGCUGCAUCCAUUAAUAAGUGGUCUACCGCCUUCUCAAGCUAACGCUCUUGCUGCGUUUGCUUCUAGUAGCUGAUCAUCUUUCUCUUGUGAACUAUAUAUACUGUCCCUCAAAAGCUGAAAACUGUCUUCAGGUAUUUUUUGUUUUUGUUUUUGUUUUUUUGACAUCUAUUCUUGCUCAUUUGAGCCCUCAUAUCUUUGGUUUUAGAUAUCCGGAUUAGCAUUUGGGGAAGAGGGGGUGUUUUGCUCUAUAUUGUUUUCUCUAGAGUUUUGUCCUCAAUUGUUCAUCUCAUUUCUCCAUUUAUUUGUAAUUUUUUUUAAAGCUUGCAAGUUAUGUGAGUUGGGGAUGGGUAAAAUUGUUACUGUAUUUUACCCUUCAUAUGUUUCUUUUACAAUAUUGUAUUGUGGCCUUUAUAAAUGUUUUGGUAGAGUAUACAUUGCUCAUUAGCAGUAAAUACAAUGUUGUUUCGAAUA